AUGACACACGCAGAUAAACUGCUUCACCAGUCGCGCUGAUUACGUUGAGCGCUAUGGAGGGUGAACUGGAAAUGCCCGUAUCUCGGACACUGUACCGUCAGUCGUCCAUUGAAAUGCGCGUCCAGCCAGCUUCUCCUACAGCUUCUGAAUACGAGGAUGAAGGCGAAGAUGACAAGCCGCAGCCCCCUCGUGUGAUAGACGUUACUCCUAAAAUUCCCCAAAACAGACAGUGUGAAACACAGGGUCAUACGCAGCAAGUUGUCCAAGAUGAAGAUGAAAAGUUAAAACUUGAGAAAAGUUCGGAUGAAACAACACCAGCCGAAGUCAACAGUACGCAAGAACAAGCUCCAAGCAGUGAGACAGAAGAACCUGAUUAUGUCGUACUGGCAGUUAGAAGUGACGUGGAAGAGAAGCCUGAACAAAAGGAGGCACCAGAACGAGCACAGAAAUCCGACGAGAAAGAAAAUGCAAAGUGCAGAAGCAGUCACUGCGAAUCAGUUGGGACACUGAAAGGUUUAUCAAGCAUGGCGUCCCCGAGGCCAAAGUCUCCUAGGCCAGCUGUGGCCACGCCAAAGAAAGAUGAGAAAGAAGAAUCUUUCUGGGAAAAGAUUGGCACGUUAGGAAGGAAGAAGCGCAUUAAAGAAGUGCAAGAGGUGCAAGAAGAAGGAAAAUAUGCUAUUGACUCACCUGGAAAUCCUACAGCCCCUGAUUUACCACCAGAGGAAUAUGCACUAGAGGAAAAUGAGGAGCGGUCAAUGAUAGAACCAAGAUCCUUUGAAGAUCCAAAGCUGAAAGAACUCAUUGCAGUGCUCAUUGAAUGGAUAAAUGAUGAACUGGCAGAUCAGAGGAUAAUAGUCAAAGAUAUUGAGGAAGAUUUAUAUGAUGGGCAGGUACUGCAGAAGCUAUUGGAGAAGCUUAGUGGAGAAAAGUUAGAUGUGCCUGAAGUGACACAGUCAGAAGAGGGUCAGAAGCAGAAAUUAGGAAUUGUUCUAGCUGCUACCAACAGGGUAUUGGGACUUCCCCGUUGGUCACAACAAAAAUGGAGUGUUGAAAGUAUUCAUUCAAAGAAUAUUGUUGCAAUUUUACAUUUGCUUGUUGCUCUGGCCCGCCAUUUCAGAGCACCUGUUCGCUUACCUGAAAAUGUUGCUGUGCAUGUUGUUGUUGUACAGAAACUGGAUGGCUCACUGAGCCAUCGGACAGUAUUAGAAGAAAUAACAACUACCUAUGAUGACCUCGGGAUGCGCUGUGAGAGAGACGCCUUCGAUACAUUAUUUGACCACGCACCGGACAAACUGCAAGUUGUGAAAAAGUCUUUGGUUACAUUUGUCAACAAGCAUCUGAACAAAGUAAAUCUUGAUGUGACUGAUCUUGAUACACAGUUUCAUGAUGGUGUUUAUCUAACUCUUUUGAUGGGCUUGUUGGAAGGUUUCUUUGUGCCUUUAUAUAGUUUUCAUUUAACACCACAAGAUUUUGAUCAAAAAGUUCAUAAUGUUGCCUUUGCCUUUGAACUUAUGCAAGAUGUGGGAUUAGCUAAGCCGAAAGCUCGACCUGAAGAUAUUGUCAACUUGGAUCUGAAAUCAACACUCAGAGUAUUAUACAACCUUUUCACAAAAUACAAAAACUUGAGCUGAACUGAAAUCAAGCAGACUGGAGACAGUCACUGUAUAGCCUAGAAAUAAGCUUAAGGCAAGAGCUUUACUAGUUGAGAUUAACUAUAAUCGCAGUAAACAGAAAAUGAAUGGUUGUUAUAACAGGAACAUUAAAUACAGUAUUGUCUUUUCCAAAAUGCAUAACUUCAUAUUUGCUUGACACCACAGAUUUAACAAAAAUCUCAUCUGUGGAGCAUUGCUUAUCUGCAAAAGAACCACAGCCUACCUUUUGCUGACUGUAGAUUAAAAAUGUGUCUUGUCUUCUGUAACUGGACAGUGCAUGUCUGUUCUUAGUUUAAGUCAUUAUGUGCCUUUGUUCUCCAGAAAUGAGUAUUUUUUCUAUAUGAAUAUGUAGAGUAACCAGAGUGUUUUAGUAGUCUCUUGAUCUGCAACUUUUAUGUACAGUAGAUCACAAAAAGGAGAAUAGAAAAUAAGAAUUAGGUUAGAUAAGAGUUUUACAGCUCUUUUUGCAAGUUAAUUACUUGCUGUGCCGAUAAUUCUGAUCUCAGAUUGUUUGAUGUUGUCUUACUACAUUGUUAGACACAUUCAAUAUGUUUUGAUAAACUUCAUUGCAUGUAAUUUUUUAUUUAUGUUUAAAACAAGAUUUUGGUAAUUUGUGUGUGAUGUGUGCCUUCCAUUACUUAAAAUACUAAUUAAUGUAUAAGUAAUUAAUCAAUGUGUGACAAUUGUUUUCCGUUAUUUAAAUUACAAAUUAAUGCGGAAAUAAUCAAUGUGUGACAAAUGUCUUCCAUUACUUAAUAUACAAAUUAACAUAGAAGUGAUUAAUCUUUGUAUAACAGUUGCCUUCUAUUAUUUAAAAUACAAAUUAAUAUAGAAAUAAUUAAUCAUCUGUUGACCAUUCCCUUUGCAUCCCAAAACUAUGAUUUAAUGAGAUAAUGAUUGGCCACUGAAAUGGUACUACCAGUGUGAUCACUGUUUCACUGGUCUGCCAGAAUUGCAGUUAGUUUCAUUAGAUUUUGUUUACAAUAUUCUUUUCAUUCACAGAUCCUUACUAAUAAAAUGAUUGUUUGAGGUGCACUAAUAACUUACUGCUGUGAGCUUCUUUUAUCUGCUUCUAUAGGCCAUUAAUUUGUUGGAGUUAUGUAAUCUCUUACAUAGUUGUAGUAAGACUACUGGUGCUAAACUUCGAGAGGAUGGAUAAUGUCAAGAAGACAUAAAAUUAUCACUGCCAGGAAGAAAAUAUAUGUAUGUAAGGUUAGUUUGUGAAGUGCCUCCUUUUUACUGUGUCAUUUAUAUUGUGCUUCCUUUAUGCUGAUACAAAAAUGUUUGGGAAAGAUGUCCUGUGUGGGAAAGAUGUCCUGUGUGAACUAGAUUCUUGCCAUAAGGAUGUGUAUUACAUUGAAAAGUCUAUAAAUGUGUGCUAAUUUAUGAAGUAUAUGCACAGUGUUUAAUAAAAGAUUUUUAUAAGA